CUGUGAGCAUGAGCAGAUAUGUCAUUCAAAGUGACGGCCGACAACGUAGAAGCUUUGUUUUGAAUCGAGUUUUUCACAAAAAUGGCUGACUCAGAGCGUAUAUUGAUCGAGGAGAUUAAGCUAUGCCAUGCUAUUAUAGGAAACAUCCCUUCAAAGCUCCAUUCGGCGGAUCUGAGAGUGUUUUUCUCGCAAUUCAUUGAGGGGAAAGGGUUUGAUUGCUUCCACUUUCGCCAUCGACCCGAAGGAAGAGGGAGGAUUGAUGGCGAAGUCCAUGAUGAAGGCAAAUCUAGACAGAAAACUACGUGUUGUAUUGUGCGUCUAACAGAGGAGAAGAUCGACGAGCUGAUUAGGAUGUAUCAUGGGCAGAAUUGGACUGAUAAGACAGGGCAGAUUUACAGCCAACGAGCUGUCAUAUCACGUAUUCGAGUAACACGUCUUGAAGGUCAGAAUGAGGGACAAAGUUACAAGACAAAAGCAGAGAAAAAACAGAACACAAGAACCUCUACAGAAUUUUUAGAAAGCGAUCUGAAAAAGCUACCAGAGUUAAACCCACCAGCAGUAAUGCCAAAUGGAAAUGUAGGAACUCCAAUAUCUACCUUUAUUGAACUGAUAAGGCUGUGCAAGUUUCCACCACUUUUGAUAAAGAAACUUGGAUUAACGUUCCCUAGAAGUAAGACUAAAAAAUAUGGGAAUGUGCCGUUUGAUUAUGGAGACAGUGGAGAACUUGAAGCAGAAGACGAUGAAGAGGAGCUUGAUAUGUUGCCUUCCAAAUCAGCUUCAGUGAGUGGCAGUAUGGGAUUACAAAAUACUAAAGCCAGUGAUAAGAGUGAAGAUGGUGAAAAACAAAAGUGUUUGAAGUGCAGGAAAAUGUAUUCAAUGUUUGAGCAUGUAGAUGAAGUGACUGAUACAGAGGACAGCAUAAGUGAAUACUGUAAAUGUGCCUUACAGAGAAAUCAGUCUAAGGAAAGUGAUAAUCGUGAAGAGAAAAUAUAUGCCAGGCAAGAUUUUCCUGGAGUAUGCAUUAAAUCUAAAUCUCACUCUAAUCAAAACACAAAAAAGAACAACACCAAAGCCAGAGACUUAAAAGAUGAUAUUGAUGAUACAAACGAAAGCUCUGAUGGGGAAUUAGAAGACUGGGAGAGACAUGAGGCAUUACACGACGAUGUAGAUAGCCAGGGACGCACCAAGGAGAGGCUCUUUGAGAAUGAGAUUGAGUUGAAGUGGGAGAAAGGAGGAAGUGGUCUGGUGUGGUACACUGAUGCCGCAUUCUGGAAGCAGCAGGAAGAAGCAGACUUUGAUGAGGAGACAGUUGAUGAUUGGGAUGUUGACAUGGGGAUUUACGAAGAGGAAGGAGGUGGUGACAAAGAUGCUAAGGACCUGCUUCAAAAGAGACUGGAAAAGCAGUGGCGAUCUGGUAAAGACAUUGACCUCAACCAAGUAGGGGACUUUGAAAGGUUUACUCGUGGUAUUGGUGGAAGUGUCAUGCGACGUCAAGGCUGGUCACAGGGCCAGAGCUUGGGCUCCUCCCAACCAGGCAUAACAGAACCUGUCCCAGCUGAUGGGCAGAAACCAAGCUCUAAGCGCGGACUUGGGUAUUAUGGUGAGAAAUUGAACAGGCAUGUGAAGAGGACACGUGCUACCAGGGAUGUUGUGAUUGCUACUGUGUUUGAUAACCCAGAGGAAAGAAGUACUGAACUAUAUGAAUCCACAGGGCCUCAUGCUGUAAAGUAUAGGGACAGUGUGAGCUUUGUACCAGCAUCUUCAUCAAGCAAAAAAUCAUGAUAUUUCUUAUAACCUACAUUUCUGUGGAGUUCUUUUAAACUAUAUAUGUAUUUAAUUCCACAGAAUCAUAGACUUCAAAUUUUUUGCAUACAUCAUGGACCCCUAGGCUUUAUUAAAAGCUAAUGACUGCAAUGGCUAAUAUCAGCUGAAAAUAAAGCUUUAAAAUCUA